GGGCCUAAUGGCAGUGUCCAGAUCAAGGUCAUCCGCGGAGACCUAUCGGAAGCAACCUACCCCGACGUGUACCGCCUGCAAAUUACCAAAUUCGACAUUAUAGACGAGAACGAGGACGGCAUCAACGAACCAGGCGAGCAUCUCCACGUGCAUAACAUUCGGGUGCGGAAUGUCGGCGGGAUGCCUUCGCCAGAGCUGAGGUCCAUCCACGUCCUCAUCCAAGGCACGCAAUUCCUGGACCCGGUCGUCACCGAGCCCAUCGAACUGCCGCGCUCCAUACAACCGGGCCAGGAAGUCGAGGUACCGGGCGUGCUCCGCGCAUUCAUCAGGAACGAAUGGGCGGAGAAGCCCCUCGGGCUAAUGCUGAAAGCGAAGGAGUUUGUCCGGCUGGUGGCUUAUUUCAACGAACGCCUGAAUCGGCCCAUCCCCAACUUCUGUGGACAAACUCCCAUCUUCAUUGAAUACCCGCUAGUCCUAGACGCGCCCACGUAUCUGGACUGUGUGGCCAAAGGCGACAAAGUGCGUUUCAAGUGGGUGCUGCACAACAAUUCGACGAAGGCCUACGGCAUCGAAGGUAUCUUGCGUCGUGCUGCGGCUACGAAGCUGUCGGAUCCAAACCGCUUCUUCAACCUGGCGUAUGCGACGGCAGAUAAGCCCGGUGAGGCGACCGACGAGUUGUCCGAGAUCGAGCCCCAGUCCAAGGUGACGAUCGACCAAGACUUCUGGGUGGACAAGAACACGAUGGAGUACAGCGAGGGCAACCUCUCUCUAGAGCUCAUGCUCUCAGAUCCGAAGACAGGCGCCUUGAGGUCGGUGCAGAAACACGCCAUGCACAUGCAGAUCUCAGGCACGUACACGCUUAGCCCCACGCCAAGCUUCCUCCUCGUCGUCAACUCCAAGACGCCCAACUACGCCAUCCACCAGAUCAUUUACCUGGUUCGGCAGCGGCUGCAUACGUCACUGGAUAUCUUCAAUCUUAGUCUAACGGGGUCAUACGAAAGCCCGGUUACGCAGCACAAUGUACUCCAGUCGUACAACGGAAAGAGCAUCAUCCUGUUCGGCAACCGCUUCCCGUACUUUAGCAACGGCGACCGCAACCCAUGGGACUUGCUUGACCCGUGGGAGACCGGCCUGUUGAUGAAAGGGGGUACAAACAUCCUGUUCGUCGCGGUAGGCGACCUUCACGGAUUAAAGCAAUGGGCUGAGAAAUCGACAUUCCCUGCAUAUGCCUUCACUCCCACGUCGCAGUCAAUCAACGGCCAGAAUGCUAAGGCGUUCGUCGCGGCGCUGAAGAAGACGGAUGCCAAAACGCUCACGAGCGAGAUGACAGUUCAUCGCUUCCCGGUGAAAAAGUCACUGUUCAAGAACAUCCCGUCGUCGGUCGACUCUGGUGCGAAAAAGGCAGCGAAGCGAAUGAACAAAUCCAUGCCGUUGAGGCGUUUCAUGGCUUGUCCUGAUGCGUCGUUUGCCGAUCCUGCUGGAAAGGCUGGCAGUGUCGUCGUGUGCGAGGGAGUUCCCAAGACCGCGAACAUGAUGGCUUCGGUCGAUGCUUUUUCCAUGGGUCCCGCGGGUUCCCAUCUUAUCCCAGACCACUAUGCGUUCCUGGUCGUGGCCUGCAUUCCGUUCACUCUCCGGGUGCGCAUGUUCUGGAAUCUUGUCGGUGGGACCAUUGGCGCUGCCGCGCCGACCCAGGCUGUGUAUGCCGGCCUAGAGGGGUUCUGUACCGAACCCGGAACGGUGGACAAGAAGGUAAGGCCCCAUCGCCCGCCAAAGAGCACUGCUAGUCACUAA